AAAGUCCAGAGUCAAGUCCCAAGUCAAGACAAUAACAAGGGACACAGGGCUUUAAUAAUCUAGUAUAUAAUUUUAUAUUUUAUGACUUUUAUUCUCUAUAUCUGGUUCUUAAUAUUCCCAUAAACAGGAUGUCUUUCUUAAUGGUUGUUGUUGAUGAAUAUCAAAGGUUUGAAUAUUUUCAAGAUGCAGGCUCAAACUCAGCAACUUUAAUGUCUUAAACUAUUGAAUCAUGUUUAAAUACUAAUCAGCAGGUGGGUGUCACAGUUUUUUCAGUCACACCAAGCUGGCCUCUUAUCAAAUCAAGUACUUCCUCCAUAGGUGGAGCAUGUUUCUGUGGUGAACAGCUGUGUCACACAGACAUACACAGCACUUCAUACCAGAAUCAGGUGAGUGCUGGCAAUUUGUUUCAAGCAAUUCUGCUCUUUGUGAAAUCCUCAGUCAUACUUCUCUCAUGUUUUUGCCUCCUGAAGUGUGCAUGUAAUGUUAUUUAUGUUCCUGCUCUGAAUUGACUUAUGUGUGGCAAAAUUAAAAAGUGAAGACAAGCACAAAGAUGUUCUAGACUAAACAGUCAUUUUCCUCUCUUUAAAGGAAAGACACCUGGGGACUCAGUUAAACACAAGUUGCUGCUCUGUGCCAGAUGCUUCCUAUAAUAAACUAGCAGUCUGACAAAACGUGUGCGCUGUAUUCUCUGUUCAAGCAAAAAUGUCUGCCUUCAAAGGAGUUCGUUCACAAAAGCCUAUCCCUGACUUUAAGCAACAAUUGGCGGCUACUCUCACACAGAAUGUGAAACCAUCAUCACUCAGGGCUCAACCAUUUAAACCUGCUGAGACACAGAGUGACACGGACUCCUCUGGAUCCUCUCGGCCUUCUCAUCAUGUCUCUGUCGCUUCAAUCAAGGCAGCACGGAUGAAUUACAACAGACUGGGGUCAACCACAGUUCUGAAACCAGAAACCAAGGAAUCACAUGUGCCAUCCUUUCCCAAAGUGCGCCAACGCAUCAAACCACCUCUGGCACAACGUUUGACUAACAGAGAUGAUGGGGUGGAAAACAUCAUCCGUGCUAAACCCCCCAAACUUCCAGAAAUGCAGAACUACAUAAGAAUAUGUAGAACCCAAACUAAAGUCCAAAGAGUGAGCUUUGACCCCUCUGUUCCUAAGAAGAGGCUUCCUGAUGUGCUGCUUCUGGGGAGCCCUCCUCCGAAGCCUCAAAGGCCUCCAAGUGUUGACAUUCAUCGAUUCCGAGGGAGUCUAACCUGUGUCAAUGAUGGCCGUGAUGAUUUAAAACAGGAGGAGGAGGCCUGGCCUAUUAUUUAUGAGUUUGAAGCAGAGCAAGACAUCUACGAUGACCUUGGGGCACCAGCUGAGGUUUGCAGUGGGCUCAACGUGCAAAACAUCGAGGAGGAUGAUAUUUAUGAUAUGGUGGAUGAUCCAGAUGCAAGGUUGCACUCUUUUUAUAUUCAUUUUGAAUGGAUGGGUCAGAUUUGGUCAUUCAUUACUCUAGAAAUUGCACUGGGUGCAUUUAAUGUAGAUGGUAAUAAUGAUAUGUGAGACAAAGGGUCAGUGUUUAACCAAAAAAAAUGAAAGUCAUUUUCUUUAAAGGAAUCACGUGGUAAAAAUGAAUACAUACACAGAAAGAAAUGUCAUUCACACUAGAGAAAUACUUUCAAUACUUUCCAGUUCACUGUUUGACUCAAUGUGGAUUGUUAUGUAUGGGCGACACCUAGUGGUUGACAUCAAAUCUCAAACAUGUGUAAACUAAUUAAAUCCAACAUAAUACCUCUCUACAAGUACUAGCUUCUGAAUCUUAUAGUGUACACCUUUUACACACACCACACUGGGCCUUCAUAAUAGUUUUUCUCCUUUCCCUUCAGAGUUUCUCCUCUGCCACAACCAAACACAGAUGGAGGUAAAUAUAUCUGCAUUUCUCCUAAUAUUUAUGGCAUUUUGGAGGUCAUGGCAAUAUAACAUACAAAACUUGAAUUGUCUUUGUGCCCACAGAUGAAGUUUAUGACACUGUUGACUAUGGUGAUGAUGAUGAUGAUUAUGAUAGUUUUGAUUAGGAUGACAUCAAAGCAGGUAUGUUCUGGUAACUCAAAAUAUAAUAUUAACAGACCAGUGGUCUGCGGUGGAAAAUAACUAGCAUUUACUGCUGCUGUAGCCUACUUGAAUACAAUUUUGAGGGAGGGAGGUAUUGUACUUUUUAUUCCAUUACAUUUUAUUUGACCGCUAUAGUAACUCUGCACAUAGAGAUUUUACAUUUAAAAAAAUCAUGGGAAACUUAUACUAAUACUUCUGAACUUUUACACAACUAAAAUUUUGAAUACAGGACUUUUACUUUUACUUGAAUGGAGUAUAUUUUACAAUGUGGUAUUUAUACUUUUACUUAAGUAAAGGAACUGAGUACACCUUCCUCUGCAGACCAGAUAUUCAUUGGGAUUCAAUGUAAAAAAAAAAAAAUUAACCUACUUUAAAUGGUUGCCAUUUUUCUACAGACUGUACCUAUGAAAUCGCCUAAUCUACUAUAAUGACU